ACUUCCCAUCACUGAACGACACCGUUUUAGCUCAAAGCGGAAGUUCAGAGUGACUCCAUAGCGUAGUAGAAUACAAGGGCUUGUAGAGAAAUUGCUACGUAACAUAAUUAUUUGCCGUUCAAGCUGUGAGCGCUACUGUGAAUUCAGGACGUCGACUAAAGAUGGGAGACUACCAGUAAGACCAGCCUUCCACCUUCUGCUGCCAUGAUGACCAGUCACUGCACGUUGUUGCCAGAAGUUUUGCCAAACCAGUGUCUAUUGGCCCACCUGAACUGCCGGCCUGAGCUAGACUCUGAGGCCCUGUGUGCCUUCUCUGAUGAGCCACCUCUCCCAGGUAAAAUCAUGGAGGAGUGCAGCGUGUCAACCAGUGAGCAGCCUCGCUAUUACCCACAGGUGACGUCUCCAGGGUUGGAGGCAUACACCAAACGAUGUGCCGUGCCAGAAAACCCCAUGUGUCGUAUCUGUCACGACAGCGGCACCCAGGAGGAGCUGCUGUCCCCCUGUGAAUGCUCCGGGACCCUAGCCACCAUCCACCGCAGCUGUCUGGAACACUGGCUGUCUGCCUCAGGAACCAGCUUCUGUGAGCUCUGCCACUACCAGUUCACUGUGCAGAGGAAGUCCAGGUCGCUGCUCGAGUGGCUGCAGAACCCAAGUCUUCGUCAGGAGAAGCGCACCCUGUUUGGUGACAUGGUGUGUUUCCUGCUCAUCACCCCUCUGGCCACCAUCUCCGGGUGGCUCUGUGUACGCGGGGCCAUAGAUCAUCUUCAGUUCUCCAGCCGACUGGAGGCCAUGGGGCUAAUCGCACUUACUGUUGCUCUCCUCACCAUUUACCUCUUCUGGACCCUGGUGUCUCUCAGGUAUCACUGUCGACUGUACAACGAGUGGCGACAGUCCAAUCAGAGAGUAGUCCUCCUCCUCCCGAGGGCUCAGGCGUCAGCGCUGCACUCCUUACAAGGCUCACAGCGAGGGAAGCAGCCGUCCAAAGAGUCAAUAGUCUGAGUGCCGAGCCGGCUUGGAACCGGCUCUCAUCAGUGGGUGGAAUCCGUUCAUCUUCUGCUCUCUUUGCACUUUUUAAAGCACCGUGCCAUGUGUGAACGGCCACAGGUCCAAGCAGCACUUUAUUCUCAGAGACCAUUGUGAACAAAGUAAAUGACUGCCUCACCUGGACACGAGGGAUGCUGUCAGCUGUUACACUGUCAGCGUUUUGGUUGACCAAAUGACACAAGGCUGAACACUGUGAUGUUAACUUGCAAGAGCAUUCUGGUGCAGGUUCAUGCACAUUAACAGCUACAGCCAAUCUGAAAGUAGUCCAAUGACAGUUUGACUGAUUGAUUGAUUGAUUGAUUGAUUGAUUGACUGAUUGAUAGAUAGGGACACACUUAAACCAAAGGCUAUUUUUGUAUUUGAAACAUUUUGUUGUUUGGUCUGUUUCAUGUGUGUGUUGAUGUAGAUCAAUAAAAUUCACUGUUCGAUUUAA